ACAGGCAGGAGCCAGAAAGGAAAACCUAGUUUGCAAAGAUUUUUGGCUUUCAGGAAUGUUCCGGAAGGCUGUUCCAGAUGGCAAAGUGCUGGAGAUAAAAGGGUCUUUUCCCUGUGGGCUCACACGGGAGCUAGGAAAACAGGUCGUGAUGGGAGCAGCAACCGGAAGAAGGGCUGGUGAGGCCCACGCUGGUAUUCUUUGCCCAGUAAGAGUUGGGCUGAUGGCUCAGAAAUGAAUUUAUCUUCCCAAACAGGAUGAGCAGAGGAAGAGGGAGCACGUGACUGCCAGCCUGAGGAAGACCUUUGGACUGACAGACACAAGGUGUUGGCUCAGAGAGGGGUUUUAAGAGAGCCCAGAAGCAGCGUUGGGAGACGCCUUUUCCGUGGGUAGCCAGAAACGUCUGGUCCUGAAGACACAGCUCAAUCCUCAUCUGGACUUAUGACCCGAGGCCUUGCUCCCCUCCUGCCCAUUGAGUUCCACAAGAUGGGCUCCUUCCGCCGUCCCAGACCACGAUUUAUGAGCUCCCCUGUGCUCAGCGAGCUGCCCCGCUUCCAGGCUGCCCGGCAAGCUCUGCAGCUGAGUUCCAACUCUGCCUGGAACAGUGUGCAGACAGCUGUGAUCAACGUUUUCAAAGGGGGCGGCUUGCAGAGCAAUGAGCUAUAUGUACUGAACGAGAACAUCAGGCGGCUGCUGAAGAGUGAGCUUGGAUCAUUCAUUACAGACUAUUUCCAGAACCAGCUUCUUGCAAAAGGACUGUCCUUUGUGGAGGAGAAGAUCAAGCAGUGUGAAGGUGAUAGUCGCAUUGAGGUUCUGGCUGAGGUCUGGGACCACUUCUUCACCGAGACUCUCCCCACCCUGCAGGCAAUAUUUUAUCCGGUUCAGGGACAGGAGCUGACCAUCCGCCAGAUCUCCCUGCUGGGCUUCCGGGACCUGGUCCUGCUGAAGGUGAAGCUGGGUGACUCGCUACUGUUGGCACAGUCCAAGUUGCCGUCGUCUGUUGUACAAAUGCUGCUCAUUCUGCAGAGUGUUCAUGAGCCCACAGGCCCAACCGAGGGCUAUUUGCAGCUGGAGGAGCUGGUGAAGCAAGUGGUGUCUCCCUUCCUUGGCAUCAGUGGGGACCGAAGCUGCACAGGCCCCACGUACUCACUGGCCAGGAGGCAUUCCAGGGUCCGGCCUAAGGUGACAGUCCUGAACUAUGCCUCUCUGAUGAGCUCGGUUGGCCGGGAGAUGGUCCUGACUCCACUAACAGAGCAGGAAGGAGAGGCGUACCUGGAGAAAUGUGGCAGCGUUCGGCGGCACACGGUGGCCAACGCCCACUCGGACAUCCAGCUGCUGGCCAUGGCCACCAUGAUGCACUCAGGGUUGGGGGAGGAGGCUGGCAGUGAGGACAAGCACCUGCUCUUGCCACCCAGUUUCCCACCACCACACCGCCAGUGCUCCAGUGAGCCCAGCAUCCUGGAUAGCCCUGAUGAACUGGAACUAGAAGAUGUGGCGAGUGGCAGCCAGGAGGACUCAGGGAUGAACUGUGCGUCCCUCAGCUGAGCUGACUCUUCCAGGGUUUCCCCAUGCCUACUUUGUAGCCAGCAUGAGGACUAUGUGGGUGUUUCUCCUCUACAGAUCACCACGGGGCUCUUGCUCUGAGCGACACUGCCUUGUAUUUCUUAGGGUACAAGCCAAGUCUCCAGGCCCCCAGGAAACACUGUAAGCCUCCCCACUCUGGUGUCAACUAGCUCCUCAUGCCACGGUUCUCCUGAUGUCCAGCCUCCCCUGCUUCACCUGGAACCUCAUCUCUGGGCCUUUCCCAUCAUCCUAUUGGACUGGCAUUACCAUAGCAGAAGGUUGGACUACACAUGAGCAUCUAGAAUGUGGCGGCCUUUGCAGUUCCCCUAAAGAUCCUAUGAAGCAGAAGCCAAGAAUAGUAGUGGAAAGAAUAGUAGAGGUUCUGUAUAGCAUGGAAGUCAACUGUAGCCUGUGCCACACAUGGCCCUGGGAAUGUGUCCUCAUCACUUUAAUUGCAGUUGAAAGCAUUAUCUGACUUGUGAGUGAGGGUCCAUCAUCCCUACGUAUGUCCAGAUGUCAUGUGCUGUCUACAUGAAGGGAUUUGCCUAGGAGAAUCUACCAGGCUGGUGCAGUCCUAUCUUGCAUUCAGCCUCAGCAUGUCCCUCUCAGACUCCACGAGUGAACCUUCUCAGUCACAGGUGCCUUAUUCCUGCUCUAGUUUCAGGAACUGACCACUUUCCUGUUGUGUAUAUGAGAGACUGGCUGACAACAACUAACCUAGUCUGUACCUGGAUUUCACUUGAAUUUGUAAAAUGUGUAUUGUUCAGAAAAACAACGUUUGCAAAUAUUUGCACAUAGGACCUUGCACUGUUCAUUUCCAGUGGAGAGUGUUUGCAGACUAAACACAAGAGGACCCCUUCAAAAGGUGAUGAAAUAGCUGAGAACACGAGGUAGUUGGCAGGACUCACAUACCUCAGAGCUCUGGGGGAGCCAGAGCUGUCUGGAAUGGCCGGUAUUUGUGGGACGGCUAUGCUGGAGUCAGGAGCCUGCCUCUUGAGCAGAGACGUGUAGUGACUGGAAUGCAUCUGUGCUUUACAUGGACAGAGAGAGAUGGGCAUGUGGAUAAAUUUUAUCUUGAGGGAUGUUUAUUCCUUGAGAUUACAGAAGUAUCCAGAAAUGUCUGGGAUUCCUGUCACAUCCAUCUCAUGAUGCUGUUUGCAGCAGCAGGCUUUGUUACUGUGUGUGCUAGGUCCUUCCUAGUGGUCCCUUCAGAUUGGGGAAGGGGAACUUCUUUUUGUCUAAGUUGAAUCCCUGGCUUCCUGUUUGUAGUUGUCUAUUGGUCUUGUCAAUAGAAGCUGAGAAAAACAUAGAAAGUUUCUCCUGAUCCUGCUGUUGGUGUGUGAGGGCCUCUCAGGAUCCGAUAAGUCUUUGGAAGUUUGGUUGAUGGAAUCUUGAUACAUAAGCUACCAACAGAAAAAGAGGCCACUCACUUUCAUCCAAGCCUUGAAAGUGUCUCCCUUCUGAGCAAAGAUGUGAAAUACCACCACAGCUGUGCUUUGAUGGGUUCUGCUUUAGAAAUCUAAUUUUUAAAAAUGUUCAGUCUUGUCCUUCCAAAAGAAAAUGACAAGAGAAAUGUCACAUACCUGUGCUCAUGCACUUGUACACACACAUGCACCAAUACAUGUACACACAAUGUGUGAACCCAUAUAUGUGUGUGUGCGCGCGCGCACACGCGCGCGCACACACACACACACACACACACACACCUCAUACACAAAGAGAAAUGUUCAAAUUCCUUUGAGAAUUUCAAUCAAAAAUGAAUCUUUCUGUCUGUGGUGUCUAAAGUCUACAAGUUGGGGACUGGAGACAUGGCUAGGUUCUCAAGGACUUUCUGCUCUUACAGAAGACCAGAAGACGUGGGUCAGUCCUGAGCACCUGCAUCACAACUGCCUUGAACUCCAGUCCCAGGGGAUCUGAUGCCUCUUCUCUCUUCUUAGGGCACCUGCAUGCAUGUCCUCCAUAAGUUAAUUAACAUGUGUUUGUGGGCAGAACAUUGCAGUUAACUGGUGGCUGGGUCCUUGUUAGUACAUCAAACACACACUUGAUAUUAUUUGUUGAUCCAAGCAAAGUAAUUAAUUAGUCAUGUCUGGGUUUGUUGUUUUCAUUGAUAAGAUUAACAGUGCAUAUUUUAAGUAUGCUGUUUUCCUUAUCUUGGUUGUCUCCAUCGAGGACAACAGCUGUCAGUAUAAUACAUGAACUCUUGUAUUGAAAGUGUACAGACUGUCAAACUCCAUUGCUGCUGACUUUAAACAGUUUACAAGUUUCUCUUUGGACACACCUGGUAUUAGUCCAGAAAUAUCUCAGACUGUAUACGUCAACGUUUUAUGGCAUUUGUGGGCUUUGGCCAUCAGACUAUUGCAAGAGUGUUUUAACCAGGUUUCCUCCUCCUGGUGCCAGGGAGAUUCAUCUUGUUGUCUAUGCCCAGGGUUUACCUAGGUUGAAGUUUAGUGACAGUAAUCCCAGCUCUGGACUCUGAGUGAACUCACAAGCUGAACUCCUGUCUUACUGUCUGUUUCCAAAAUAGAUACAAUAAACAUUGCUUUGUUUGUGUCUUGGGUGCUA